AUGGCACACUUCCUCCGCCUGACACCUAGGCGCAUCACAACGUCUCUCAUCAGCAUCAGACAACCACUCGUCGCCCGAUCAUUCAGCAUCGCGCCACAACUCCGACUCAAAGAAGAUGGCGAUCGCUCGGCUGAAGAGCUAGAGAAGAAAAAGCAACAGCAGCUUCAGAAGCAGAGAGAUGGCAAAGCCGAGUGGCACGAAUCGUUGGCCUCGGCAGGCGAGUCGAAUAUUGCGGCCGACAAGGAGAAGGUCAAUGAUCAUGGUAAACAUAUGGAGGAUUUGCAGAAGGAGACGGCGAGCCAGAGUGAGAAGGAGCAUCCAGAUGGGAAGAAAGCUAUACCGCUACGGCGGGUGCCACACGACUCUACUUAUCAGUCGCCGAAGAACGACAUCAUCUACGAACCACGCGGGCCGCCUCUGAGCAACUCCGAGAGGGCGGCUCAUCUUGUAAUCCUGCUCACGUGGUGGAGCUCGCUGCUAGUCGAAGGACGAGUUGCUUCAUUUUUGCUCGACCUGUCGUCUGGUACUGCUGAGCGAUCCUACCCAGACCUGUCGUUACUUGGUCGAAGGUACCAUGUAUUGUACUUCAAGAGGACAGAUGCCUUAUAA